CCUGGCUGCCUUGGGCCUCUUCCCCCAGAAGCUGCCCUCCCUCCCUCCGUUCCAGGUGCCGAGACCCGCCCACCUGCCCAGAUCUCCUUGAGCUGCUGAAAAUCUUCCCCAAGACGGAGGACAGAGGAGAAGAGAGAGGACUGGGCCAGAGGAGAAAAAGGAACAUCAGGAUUCCAGGGAGAUAUCUUUGGUGUGAUGAGAAACAAACCAGCAUCUAGAGAAUAUUGAGGAUUUUGGGAACCAAACAUGCCAUAAGGAAAAGAGUCCUUUUGGAUAAAAGACAGCCUCUCAAAGUGCUGAUCUUGCUGAACUGACUUUGGAUCAGAAAGGGAAAAAGAAGACUGAAGUGUCCAUAUUGUAGUUAAAUAUACAGACCACGAUCAACAUGCAGGAUAAACCCUAUCCAUCCCUGGAGUUUGGGAAGAGCUUCACCGACAAUGUGGGUUUAUACUUGCAUCACAGAACUCACACUGGGGAGAAACCCUACGAAUGCCUGGAGUGUGGAAAGAGCUUCAUUCGGCUUUGGAGCCUCCAGUCUCACCACAGAACCCACACUGGGGAGAAACCCUAUAAAUGCAAGGACUGUGGAAAGAGCUUCACUGAGAGUGGAAAUCUACACAAACAUAGUCGAACCCACACUGGGGAGAAACCCUACGAAUGCCUGGAGUGUGGAAAGAGUUUCACUCGGAGGGAUCAUCUGCAGGAGCAUGUAAGAACCCACACUGGGGAGAAACCCUAUGAAUGCCUGGCGUGCGGAAAGAGUUUCACUCGGCGGGAUCAUGUCCAGCAACAUGAAAGAACUCAUACUGGGGAGAAACCCUAUAAAUGCUUGGAGUGUGGGAUUAGUUUCACUCGGAGGGAUCAUCUGCAGCAACAUGAAAGGUCUCACUCUGGAGAGAAACUCUACGAAUGCCAGGAGUGUGGAAAGAGCUUCGCUCGGAGGGAUGCUCUGCAGCAACAUGAAAGGACUCACAUUGGAGAGAAACCCUACGAAUGCCCAGAGUGUGGAAAGAGCUUCAUUCGGCAUGGGAGCCUCCAGUCUCACCACAGAACUCACACUGGGGAGAAACCCUAUAAAUGCCUGGAGUGUGGAAAGAGCUUCAUUCAGCAUGGGAGCCUGCAGUCCCACCACAAAAUCCACACUGGGGAGAAACCCUAUAAAUGCUCGGAGUGUGGAAAGAGCUUCACUCAGAGUGGAGGCUUACGCUUACAUCAACGAACUCAUACUGGGGAGAAACCCUAUAAAUGCCUGGAGUGUGGGAAAAGCUUCACUCGGGGAGAUGCCCUGCAGCAACAUGAAAGGACUCACACUGGGGAGAAACCCUAUGAAUGCCUGGAGUGUGGAAAGAGCUUCACUGGCACUAGAAGUCUAUGUUUACAUCAAAUAACACACACUGUGGAGAAACCCUAUACAUGUUUGGAGUGAGGAAAGAGCUUCAUUCAGCAAGGGAGUCUAUGGUCGCAUCACCAAACUCACACUGGGGAGAAACCCUAUAAAUGCCUGGAGUGUGGACAAAGCUUCAGUCAUAGUGGACGCCUACGUUCACAUCAAAGGACUCACACUUUCGUAAAUUGAUGCCAGAGAGACUCUUUAAGAUGUACAAAGACAGCUCUACCAAAUGUAAAUGACAACACAACGUUGGGACAUUUUAUCGCAUUGUGGUGAUCUUGCAGAAAAGCCCAGAAAUAUUGGGCUCAAAUACAUAGAAUGAUGGAAGCAUUUGUUAAGGCUAAAUUCACAAUGGGACCAGAGUUUUGUUUGUUAGGAAUGCUGGACAAUAAUCUAGAAACAAAAUUUGGAAAGUUAUUCAAGUAUUUGAUAACUUUUGCGAAACCCAUUAUGCAAGGCCAAUGGCUGCCAAAGAAUUGCACAUUUUCAGAUGUGGACAAACUGCUUGAGUCUUGUUUUUGUUAACGGAAUGGCGAUGAUCUCAGCACACACACAAGGCACUGAAACACAUCUUCUUGUCUAAACCUAGUUUAUUUAACACAAAACUAUUUACACUAAAACUAUGCAGAAUGAGAAAACAAAAAUGGCUACAUGCUGUUCGGCAGUUCGUUGCAAUCCACUAACAAGUUCACUCCCACAUUCCUCAGUGACGUGAUGACAUACAACGCACGAUGCAGCGUACAGCACUUUCCGCAUUGAGAUUUACGACUCUUCCUUCAUGACACAGUUAACCCUUUCCACACACGAAUUACAACUCGGGAUAUUGCAAAUCACAGUAAUACAUUUCUAAGCACAAAAUCACUAACUCUGAAAACUACAAAGCACUUAAAUCAAAACACACAUAUAUAUCUGACAGUUUUAUGAUUUUUAACCACAACAAUAGAAGCAAAUGUCAGCAGUAGGAGUUAUGAAUUAGGUGACUACUACUAAAAGUAGAAAUGUACUCAUAUAGUAUUGUCCAAAUGGAGUAAAAUAAUAAGGGAUAACGCCAACAGAUCAUGAGUGUGAAGUCUGUAGAAUUGUACCUAUGUCUGUUUGCUAAUUUCUUUGCCUGCUUUGUGUGUGUCAGUGCAGAUGUGUGUUUUGUUUGUUCUGUUUACUUUGUUGUGGUAGCUAGUUGGCUGCAUAGUUUUAGCAUUGUAGAUAACUUUCUGCUUUUGUGUACGAUUAUUGUUUUUUAAAAUGAUGUUUUCC